AUGGUGUAUCCCGCUCACGCGCACACGCCUGAAGAAGUCGCUAAAUAUUUUAAUAGUGACUUAGAGAAGGGCUUAACAGAUGAACAAGUCCUUAUCAACCGCGAAAAGUACGGUGUCAACUCCGUUCCACCGCCAAAGAGGAAAUCCAUCUUUUCCAUGAUCCUUGAACAGUUCCAGGAUCCUAUGGUCAUUAUCCUCCUCAUUUCCGUCGUUCUUGGCUUCAUCUUCGCCUAUUUCGAAGAGGAUCCAGAAGAGCGCACAACUGCUUUCAUUGAACCUUGGGUUAUUAUUUUCAUUCUUGUUGUUAAUGCUACAAUCGCUGUUUAUCAAGACCUCAAUGCUCAGAAGUCCGUUGAGGCUUUAAAGGAAUUCACACCUUCCCUUGCUAACGUUAUCCGUAAUGGCGAACUCCGUGAGAUCCCAGCAGUCGAAGUCGUCUGCGGCGAUCUUGUUGAUGUCUCCGAAGGCCGUGCUAUCUCUGCAGAUAUCCGUCUCUGCAAGUUCAAGUCCUCCAUGGUCGCCAUCAACGAGUCCAACCUCACAGGUGAACCAGUCCCAGUCCAGAAGUCUCUCGAAGUCGUUAAGGAAGAUGCUGUCGUUAACGAUCGUAUCAAUGUUGCCUACAAGGGCACACCACUCGAGCGCGGUGGCUUCAUCGGUAUCGCUUAUGCUGUCGGCAAGGAUACACAGAUGGGCUACAUCGAAGAGACAACACAGCAGGAAGAAGAAGUUAUCACACCACUUCAGCGCAACCUCGACAACUUCUCCAAGUACAUUUCUGUCGGCAUUCUCUUUAUCUGCGUCAUCACUUGGUUUGCUAACAUCUCCAAGUUCGAUGAAGUCGGCAACGGCAACAGAAUCAAGGGUGGUCUCAUGUUCUUCAAGAUUGCUAUUUCCCUCGCUGUCGCUGCUAUCCCAGAAGGCCUUCCAGCUGUCGUUACAAUGACUCUUUCCCUCGGUGUCAACCGUAUGGCUAAGUCCAACGCUAUUGUCACAAAGCUUCCAGCUGUCGAAACACUCGGCUGCACAUCCGUCAUCUGCUCUGAUAAGACAGGCACACUCACAACAAACAAGAUGGUUGUCCAAGUUUUCGCUACAGUUAUCGAUGGAAAGUCCUCUGUCUACCAAGUUCAGGGCAAGGACUACGACCCAGAUGGUGCUCUCGCUAUCCAGGGCCAGAAGGUCUCUAACCUCUAUGAACACAAGGCUGCCCAGAUGUCUGCUAUGGUUGGCACACUCGCUAACGAUGGUGCUAUCAUCUACAGCAAGGAGAAGGGCUUCGGCCGUAAGGGCGAACCAACAGACGCUGCUAUCAAGGUCUUCGCUGAGAAGGUUGGUCUCCCAACAAAGGAAGCUGAAGAGGCUCGUCUUAAGAAGGGUGCUGUUGAGCGCAUGGAAGAUGUCUCCAAGUACUGGUACAAGGAGUAUCCAAAGGUCCGCACACACGAAUUCACACGUGCCCGUAAGUCAAUGUCCUGCAUUGUUGGCAAGAACACACUCGUCAUGAAGGGUGCUUUCGAAGUCAUCCUCGCUAAGUGCGACCGCUACAUCGAAGACAUGACAGGCGAAGUCAAGCCACUCACAGAGGCCGUCCGCAAGGAAAUCGACUCCUGCCGCCAGGAAUGGGCCGGCAAGAAGGCAUACCGCUGCAUCGGUCUUGCUUACAAGGAAUGCACAGAUGACUGGAACAACUGGAAUAUCAUUGAUCAGCAGGAGCUCAUCAAGUACGAAUCUGGCUGCAUUUGGGCUGGUUCCGUCGGUAUCCUUGAUCCAGAGCGUCCAGAUGUUGCUCAGUCAAUCAAGGACUGCUACAACGCUAACAUCCGUGUUAUCAUGUGCACAGGUGAUAACCCAGAAACAGCUACAGCUAUCGCCCGCAACAUCCACAUGCUCGGUGAGCACGAAGAUCCAACAGGCAAGGUCUUCACAGGCGCUGCUUGGGAAAAGAUGAACGACGCUGAGAAGCGUGAAGCUGCUAAGAACGCUGUCGUUCUUGCUCGUGUCGAACCAAAGCACAAGCGUGAACUCGUCGGCAUCCUCCAGGAACAGAACAACGUCGUCGCCAUGACAGGUGAUGGUGUUAACGAUGCUCCAGCUCUUUCCAAGGCUGAUAUCGGUAUCGCUAUGGGUACAGGCACAACAGUCGCUCAGGGCGCUGCUCAGAUGAUUCUUUCCGAUGACUCCUUCUCAACAAUUGUCAAGGCUGUCCGCGAAGGCCGUGCUAUCUACAACAACACAACAUCCUUCAUCCGUUACCUUCUUACAUGCAACAUUGGUGAAGUCGUUUGCUGCUUCGUUUCCUCCCUCAUCGGUGGUCCAAACCUUCUCCGCUCCACACAGCUCCUCUUCGUCAACCUCGUUACAGAUGGUCUCCCAGCUACAGCUCUCGGUGUUAACCCAGCUGAGCCAAACGUUAUGGAUCUCCCACCACGUCCAAAGGAUGAGAACAUCAUCACACCAAUGAACCUUUGCCGUUACAUUGUUGGUGGUGUCUACCUUGGUCUCGCUACAAUCGCUGCUGCUUACUACCACUACAUCCUCGACCCACUCGGCCCACACCUUACAUACUACGAAAUCACACACUACCAUGGCAACCCACAUAUCAAGGAAAUCCUUGAGGAUGAGACAGCUGGCACAAUGGCUAUGACAGUUCUUGUUAUCAUUGAAAUGUUCUCUGCCCUUACUGCUGUUUCUGAACAUCUUUCAUUCUUCCAGUUACCACCACACAGAAAUCCAAAGCUUAUCCUCUCCAUCUGCGGCUCUGUUCUCGUUCAUCUUCUUGUUAUUGAGCUCCCAAUCACACAGAAGAUCUUCUCCGUUGUCCACCUCAACUGCACACAGUGGGCAAUCAUUGUUCUUCUUGCCUUCCCUGUUGUCAUCAUUGAAGAAAUCUUCAAGUUCUACAUCAGAAAGACACAGAAGCACAUCCACAUUGUUCGUGAAUAA